AUGGCAGAGCUUCAUGAAGCCCUGUCAUAUUUGAAGCCCAUAUUAUGGGAAGAAGUCCCCGCAUCCUCCUCCUCCACAAGCGACCUGCGGCAAUACGUCCAAGAAAUCCUCACCAAAGCACGACUCAUCGCCGAAACAGUCCCAGAACAAACCCCGUCGAGCGCAUCACUCGGCGAUACCGGAACCGGUGCGGUAUCAAUUUCUGUCUCCCAAUCGCAACUUGCAUCAUUGCGGAAAGAAUGGGGGAAGCCGAUUAAGAUGAAUAACGCCAAGGAGAAUCCAUUGAAUAUACCUAUUUAUAAAUUGUCUGGCAAAGAUGGCAAGGGUGCAUGGUUCGCUCGUCGGAGUGUGCACAAGGGUCUACCAUUUAGUAGAUGGAAGUCGAAGAUGCAGGUUGAAAUGGACGAGACUCUCAAAGCUCGUCAAGAGGAGUUGAAACAAGGUCGGAUACCGGCAACGAGUAUACGAGGUAUUGGUGGGGAUAGGAGGUUAGAAAACGUCGAAAUCAAAGAAUCAGAGACAGAAAAGGCAUUGGGUAAAGUCGAGGUUUAUGAGUUGUCGGCUCAAUUUCCUGGUCCGACUACUCCGCGUGAUUUUGUCACUUUGAUGAUCACGUCGGAUGCGAUGUUGAGUGAUGGAGCCGAUAGUGAUCUUGUUCUACCACCCACGUAUAUGAUUGUUUCCAAGCCCUGUCAACAUCCAGACGCUCCGGAGCGUGAUGACUAUAUUCGCGGACAAUACGAAUCUGUCGAGUUGAUCAGAGAAUUACCAAUCGAAAAGACCACAGCAAGAGAGGCGCACACUAAACGACCAGCCAGCACUCGUAGCGCAACCACCUACGACAGCCCCUCUUUACAUCCGAAUAGCGUGCUCGAUGGCGAGAGCUCUAAGUCUACAGGAAGACCCAGAGGUCAAACCGAACCUCCUGUACCGGUUGACCUGGACGGAAGUUCCGGCAAUGAAGCUGUGGAACCUAAUCCAGUGGAAUGGAUCAUGAUCACUCGAAGUGACCCAGGUGGCAGUGUACCCAGAUGGAUGGUCGAGCGCGGAACUCCAAAGAGUAUUACCGGUGACGCGGUCAAGUUCUUGAACUGGGCGUCCGAGCCUGAUCAAAUCGGAGAAGGGGAGGACACUGCUGAUAUCGGCGAAGUGACCGAGAGCGUGGAAGCGGGACGACGACAUAGCGCUGACGGAAUCGAUGAAGUGCGAUCGUCCAGCAAACACGGGACAACUGUUUCAGAUCAAGAACCCGAUGCUAAGGGGACCGGAGACAAGGGAAUUGAUCAAUUGGAUCAGUCAGCGCAAAGAGGGAGAUAUGAUGGCGAUGACGAAGAGCAACGAACAGAUAGUAACCUGCUGUCAAGUGUUGCUAAGGUGGUGCAAGGUUAUACCCCGAAGGCGGUGCUUAACUAUAUACCUGCCAGUUUGAGUCCGUCUCCUGGAGAAGGCAAAGCUGGUCGGACUGUUGCUAUGAGAGAUGCCAAAGCCGGAAGGAGUGAAGAAGUUCUCAGCGAUGAACCCGGGAAGGAGAUGGGCGACACUGAGGUUGACGACGAUACUUCUUCAAUGGCUAGCGACGACAGCUUUGCAAGUGCUGGAUCUCAUAUGUCACCCUCCGUAAGCAGAGACUUGAGACCUCCGAUCUACAUAGGUGAAAGCUCGAAUACAAACAUCUCACCUCAGUUCGCGAGUGGAGUGAGCUCCGAGGCUGCACUGAUAUCAACACCACAAAGUGAUUCAGCCAAAUCCAAACCAUCUCAGAAAGAAAAAGAGCUCGCCAAACUAAACUCCCGCAAGCGAGAAGUGGAAGUCAAAUUAGCAACCAUCCAGUCCGAGAUUCGAGAACUUGUCGGGCAAACGGGUAGUAAGUCUGUGAAGAGUGAUGUCGACAGUACUCGUGGGAGUAUGCUCAGUGUCGAAUCGGACGCCAAAAUUGAAGAAGAAAGUGGCAGUAGUACAACUGCAACUACUACCAAAGAAGCAGCGCAAAACCAGAAAAGAAUCGACCACCUUGCACGCACAGAAUCAAAAUUGGUCUCGCGGCUCAACAAGAUUGAAGCCCAACAACUCAAAGUAAUUCGGAAACUAGAAGCAGAUCAACGCAAAGCCGCAGACCGCGAUGAGAAGAUACGGUCAAAGUCUGAGGUUGAUAGUUUGAAAAAGGAGGUUUCUAGUCUUCGUAAGGAAGUGCAGGAACUACGUGGUGAAAGAACCAAAUGGCUUGAUAUUGUGGGGAGAUUACAGAAGGAAAAUACGGAGCUGAUUGCGCAGAUGGAGAAGAAUAGUCAAGGUGCGAGUGGUACAAAGGAUGCCGUGUAG